AUUUAUUUUACGGUCCAUGAGUAUGUCAAAAGUUCACAAGGUAUGAUAAGAUUAUGUAUAGGUUAGUUAUUUUAUCGAUUUUCUUAUUACAAAAAUCUAGACUUAAGUUGUCCAUAUCCAUCAUUUUAAGUAAGUUUGUGAAAUUGAAAUACUUUUAGGCUAGAGAUAUGACAACUACUCACACUAUGCAUUAUAUUACGAAACCACCUUGUGAUCCUAAAAUAAUGACAUUUGGAGCAUUUCAUACAGAUCAUAUGUUAGAAGUUGAUUGGACUGAAAAAAUGGGGUAAUGAAAUGUAUAUUAUUAUAUGUUAGAUGGUCACGUCCAUAGAUAAUUCCUUUCAAAAGUUUUUCAAUUCAUCCAUUUGCAGCAUGUUUGCAUUAUGCAAUUGAAUGUUUUGAAGGAGCAAAAGUAUUAAUAUAUAGUUAAUAAAUAGGCAUAUAAAGGUCCUAAUAAGACAAUUCGUACAUUUAGAUUAGACUGUAAUAUGUACAGAAUGAAAUAAUCAGCAAAGAGAUUGUCAUUACCAGACUUUGAUGGAGCUGAAUUAUAAAAAUGCAUAUAGGGAUUAUUAAAAGUGGAUUAAGAUUGGAUACCAGAUAGGCCAGGAUUUAGUUGUUAUAUAAGACCAACAAUAAUAGCAACAGAAGAAGCUUUAGGAGUAAGAGCAUCAAGUAGAGCAAAAUUAUUUGUUGUUUUAUGUCCUGUAGGUCCAUAUUUUCCAUCUGGACUUAAGCCUGUUAGAGUAUUUUGUAAUACAACAACUGUAAUUAUAUUAGUAAGAAUUAAAAUAGAUUCGUUCAGCUCCAGGUGGUGUAGGAGGAUAUAAAGUUGCAGGAAAUUAUGCACCAACUGUUAUGCCUUUGAAAGAAGUAUAAUAAAUUGGAUUUCAUUAAAACUUAUGGAUGUUACCUGAUGGAUUAGUAUAAGAAAUGGGAGUUUGUAAUCUAUUUUUCUUUUGGAAAAACAAAUAAGGAGAAAGAGAAUUAGUUACACCAUAACUUGAUGGAACUAUCUUACCAGGUAUUGUUAGAGAUUCUCUACUUGUAAAUUUUAUAUUUAUUCAAUUAAGGAAUUAACUAGAGAAAUGAAAUAAUUUAAAGUCAUUGAAAAGAAAUUGUAUAUAUAAGAAGUUAUUGAAGCUAUAAGUGAAGGAAGAGUAUAUUUAUAUUUCUAUAUCUAGAUGAUUGAAAUGUUUGGAUCUGGUACUGCUGUUAGUAUUCAACCAAUCGAAGCUAUUGGAUAUAAUGAUAAAAUCUAUGAAAUUAAAUAUGAUCCAAAAAUUAAUGCUGGAGAAUUAUCUCAAUAGUUAUUUGAUAUGAUGACUGAAAUUCAGGUAUUUUAUUCCUCUCAUUUCUUUAGACUGGUGAUAAACCACAUAAAUGGAUUAAUGUUAUAUGAAUUAUUUUAUAAGUUUAUUAUUAUUAUCAGUAAGGACAUUCUUCUCAUUCUCUCAUUUAAUUAAAAAACUUUUAAUCUAUCACUAACCACUUAUAAAACAUUAUAUCUCUAAAAAACAUGAAUCAACUCAUAUCAAUUUCUCUAUUAAACUCAAAAUAAAAUCUAUAUCACAAUUCAUUAAUCAAAUUCAUUCAUUUAAAAAAUGAAGAUUACCCUCUUCACAACUUAUUUUAUAACUAAUUAAGAAAUAGAAAUGAAAUCUUCUUAAAAUUCCUUGACCUAAACCUAAAAAAAUAUAAAAACAAUCCUUUUCAAUCAAUAUUAAUACUAAACAUAAAAUCUAACUUUAACAAUAAAUAUUUAAUUAUGUUUGAUAAGCAAGCACAAGUUAUUAUAAUAUACAUUAUCUGCUCUUCAUUCAAAAAAAUAGGAUUUUAAACCUUACUUUUAUUUUCAAGAAUUUUGAUUCAUGGAAUAAAUUUUCUAUUACUUUAUCUUAGUUAAAAAGAGAUACUGAUUAAAUGA